CUUUCACGUUUGGACGCUACUUCCUCCUCUGUGAACUUUAUGUGAAACUCGUGUCCGCGACUCGAAACACAAUAUUUCGGUAGUGUACUAUUGCCUACAGCACUACGGGUAUGUAGACGGCUAAUAUCCAGACCUGCUAAACUCCUCUCCAAAAAGCACAGGAAAUGGAUUUUCAGAGGCUGCUGUUAGAGGUGGGGAAGGCCCUGUGCAAGGACGAGGUAAAAGCUCUAGCUUUUCUCUGCACCGACCUCCUGGGCCAAAGCCUGACCUCUGUGGAGUUGGCCAGCGACCUCUUCUCUCGCCUGGCAGAUCAUGACCACCUCUCACCCGAGCAGCCACACCUGUUGCCUGAACUUCUCCUCACCAUACAUCGCAACCGUCUGGUCCGGGACCUCAAUCUCACUGACCCUGAGUUUACAACCAGGACCUUCAUCUCUCCUUACAGGAAGCUGCUGUACAACCUGUCUGAGGAGAUUACAGAUAAUGACUUGAAGCAACUGAAGUUCUUGUUGAACAAAACACUCCCACGAAGAAAACUGGAGGAAAAUGUUACCACGCUGGAAGUCUUCCUGGAGAUGGAGCACAUGGACCUCCUCAGUGACACUAAUUUAAACGAACUGGAGAAAAUUAUUGCGUCAGUCUGUCCCAUGUUGAAAGAAAAGAUCAACCAGUUCAAAGCACGGCCGGCUCAAGAGACGAGUCGACCAAUGUCUAUGUCUUACCAUCCUGAGCCAAACCAGGCUACUCAAACUUUAAAUGCUGAAAGGACUACCUCACAUGAAAGAUCAGCGCUGCUAUUUUUGUCCCAGUGUUCCCAGUGUUCUUCCAACACAUCUGUGGAUGUUCCAGAUGAGUGUGGAGCCCUUUUUUCUGGACUGAGUGUUUCAAGCACUGAAAAUAGAAACUUUUGCUGUUUUAAAAGUGAUGACUUUGGAUUUUUGCCACCUCAAGGAAACGAGGCCUCCUCUGAAAGGGAGACGUCUCAGACCACAGACACAAACAAUGAGGUUUUGGGAAUAUAUCCCAUGACUUCAGCAAGGAGAGGUAUCUGCCUGAUAGUUAACAACUACAGGUUCAGUAAACCCACUCUCAAGGACCGAGUGGGGACCAUGAUUGAUGAAAAGCGCCUGCAGGUUGUGUUUGAAUGGCUCGGCUUUCAGAUCGAGAUACAGCACGACUGUACAAGCAAAGAGAUGCUGUCUGUGUUGCAGGAGCUCGGCAGGAGAGACCACAAGCAGAUGGACUGUGUGGUAUGCUGUAUUCUCAGUCAUGGGCAGGAAAGAGGCGUGUACGGUGUGGACAGCGACACCGUCAAGAUCAAACAGCUGAUGGAACCUCUGAAUGGAUUAAACUGUCCCACUUUGGCAGGAAAACCCAAGCUGUUUUUCAUUCAGGCUUGCCAGGGCACCAAUGAGCAAAAGGCCGUCUAUGUCGAGACUGACGGUCCUGCUUGCGAUUUUGUUUAUAGUGAUGCUAUUACAGCGAAAGACUCCAUCCCAUCUGAUGCUGAUUUCCUGCUGGCAAUGGCCACUGUUCCUUCUUUCAUAUCCUUCAGAGACAAGAAGAAUGGCACCUGGUUUAUCCACUCGUUGUACCAAAACCUUCUCCAGAUGGUUCCCGGGGGGGUUGACCUCGUGUCCAUCCUGACAAAGGUCAAUGCGGAUGUUAGCCAGAAGACUGACAAAACGGGCGAAAAAAAGCAGAUGCCUCAGAUCGCCUCCUCACUCAGGAAGAAAGUGGUCUUCCCGGUCCCUAGAGCCUCUCCUCCCAUGCUGUCGUCUGAUUGAUCAAAAAACUGUUUACAAUUUUAUAUCUGCUGUUGAAAGCCUUAUCCAACUGUGUUUAUAUUUUUGUGAUGAUACCUGAGCCAGCAGCCAUUUGCUGAUGAAGACGGGGAGAUGUGGUUGAAAACUUGAAAGUGAAACCAUUAGUUGAGGUGAUUUUGUCACACAAUAUUUUUCGAGGUUCGUAUGAGACUGUCAUAGUUCGUGUGAUACUGUGUAACACUGCCAAAAUUAUGCACUUGUACUUGAUUUUUAAUGUUUGUGGUUACAAACUUUACAAACAAAUCAUGCACAUCAAUUCAGGAGUAGAGCCAACAUCACAGUCUUUACUUACUUUACUUUUCAGUUUUUUAUAUGUACUUUCAAACUUCAAUAUUUUACGGAUACAAUUGGCCAGUAUUUUCUGGAACAUCUACCACAGUAGUGGGUAUAUUCUUCAAAAUGUGACUGUAUUAUUGUCAUCAUCGUCAUUUAAUACAACUGUGUUGCACAUCAGAAAUCCAUGAAAUCUUUGAAGCAGUUCAGAAAUGUUUCAUUUCAUUGAGAAAAAAAUCCUAAUUUGAUCACUUGUUUGCUCUGUUUAUAUGGAUGUAUUAAAAAUGCGCCCUUUAAAAUGUAA